GAUGCAGAGACACUGUUUGAUAUAAACGAGAUGAGUGCAAAUCUGAAAAUGAUCUCAUGGAAAGACCUUUUUCAAUAUAGUGCGUACAAAGCUGUUGUUGCUAAGCAGAAAAGAAACCACAUUAGAGAGGAACACUGUGAAUGGAAUACACACAAAAAAGCUUUAAGAGAGAGUUCCAGUGUUGUUAAAGAUAAUAUAAAUCCUGGAGAGAAAACACCUGAGUGCCAUGGAUGUGAUCAAACUUUUCUUGUACUCUCGUCCCUUGCCAAUCAUCAGAGUAUCCAUGCUGGAGAGAAACCUCAUGAAUGUAAGAAACAUGAAAAGACAUUGAGAGAGCGAUCUACUUCUCAACAAGAGAGAAUUCACAUACAAGAACAAUCUUAUACAUGUAAACAAUGUGGAAAGGGUUUCCAGUGUUAUUCCAACUUGGUUCAACAUCAGAGAAUCCACACUGGAGAGAAGCCUUAUGAAUGUAGUGACUGUGGAAAUGCUUUCACAAAGCUCUGCUCCCUUGCUGUCCAUCAGAGAAUCCACACCGGAGAAAAACCUUAUGAAUGUCAUCAGUGUGGAAAGAAUUUCAGUUGUAGUUCAGGUCUUCGAAAACAUCAGAGAAUCCACACUGGAGAGAAGCUUUAUAAAUGUAAUGAAUGUGGAAAGGCUUUCACCCAGCAGAGCAGUCUUACUUGCCAUCAGAGAAUCCACACUGGAGAGAAGCCUUAUGAAUGUAAUGACUGUGGAAAGACUUUCACACAGCGCAGCCAUCUUACUUCUCAUCAGAGAAUCCACACUGGAGAAAAACCUUAUGAAUGUAAUGAAUGUGGAAAAUCUUUCACGUGGCAUAGCCAUCUUACUUCCCAUCAGAGAAUGCACACUGGGGAGAAGCCUUAUAAAUGUAAUGAAUGUGGAAAGGCUUUCACAGAUUGCUCCAGUCUUGCUGUCCAUCAAAGAAUCCACACUGGAGAGAAGCCUUAUGAAUGUAAUGACUGUGGAAAGACUUUCACACAGCGCAGCCAUCUUGCUUCCCAUCAGAGAAUCCACACUGGAGAGAAGCCUUAUGGAGGUAAUGACUGUGGAAAGUCUUUCACAUGGCACAGCAGUCUUGGUAAACAUGAGAAAUUUCACAUUAGACAAAAAACCUCAUGAAUGUGGAAAUCUUCAGGCAAAGCUCAAAUCUUACUUAACUGAGAGUGUGCAUUAGAAGAAAACUUUUGAGUGUCUGGAUCAUGAUAAAGUUUUUCACAGGUAUUAGUCCCUGACUACACAUGGGAGAUCCUAUGGUAGAUGUAAAACCUCAUUCAUGUAAUCCAUGUGGAAAAACAUUCAGGCUCACUUCAUCUCUGAAUUGCCUCCAGAAAAUUCCUAGAAGAUUGAAAUCAUGAACAAAGCUAUAAAAAUGGAGGACAGAGCUUGUUAGUCAACAGAGAUUUUCUGCUUGAGAAAAAAUCUCCCAUGGACUUGGACCGGGAAGGUCUUUAGCCCAAGUUCACGUCUGAGUAUGCAUCUCAGGAUACCGAAUGGAGAGAGAACUUACAAAUGUGCUGAAGGAAGACUUGCCAUUACCUAGAAGAUAAAGGUCACUAUAAAUCACAAUAUUCCCAUUGGAAAGAAAUAUUAUACGAAAUGUAUUUGCAAAAAGGCUGGAUCUCAUCCUUUGUGUAGAAAUCUUGUUGCGGAUGAAACAUGUGAAUAUAAUGAAUGAGGGAAGGCCUCUUCCCACAGCACAGAACUCAUUAGACGUUGCGAUUUUAUACCGUGUAUAAAGGUCAGAAAAUAGAUUUA